ACAGAGGAAGAGCAUCUACAACUCUUGAAUCAAGUCAUUGGAUUCUUUGUCAAGUGGAAUCUGAAGAUCAGAUUGAAGAAAUGCUAUUUUCUGAUGCAGGAAGUGCGCUUCUUAGGAUUCUACGUUUUUGCUAAUGGUACCCGCUCUGAUGCCACCAAGGUUGCUGCUAUACUGGAAUGGCCAAGUCCACAAACAGUAAAGCAGCGGCAACGCUUUUUUGGUCUUUGCACCUUAAAUUCCUUGGCAGCGAUAGCAGCUCCCCUGUACAAGCAGACUGGCAGCAAAACAAGCAAUUCGAGCCAACCAUACAAGAUGCAUACAGAUACAAGCGAUGUAGGCCUUGACGCUGUUCUGGUCCAAGGAGGAUGGCCUGUUCUUCUUGUCUAUCUUUAUAGCUAUGGUACAAGUCAGCUAGAAAGGUUGUUGUGUGUAGUUUCAAAUAGUCCUAAAAUAACCGCCUAUUUUAUUGUGUAAGUGGUCGAAGUGAUAAUGAUGAUAAUAACAUAAUACACACCAAUGCUACGGAUUGACGGUUUAUGAUGCAGGGUGAACAAACGAAAUACACAGGGGAGAGACGAGGAAAAUGAAGGACGGAGAGAUUCGUAUAAAUAGGGAAUGGGGAUGGGAGUACAGAAACGCAGGAACAGUAAAUCAAGUCAGCGACUACUAAUGCGAAAUUUAUAGCUAACACAUCAAGGUCCUUAAAGCAUCUCCAACGGUCGUUCU